AUGUCUGAUACAAACUCUGCUUGGAUUGAGCAGAAUCUUCAGCGACAGCGGAAGAUGUUAGAGGAUAAACAGAAACAAAAACGACAUCAGAGUGCUGGAAGUGUUCGAACUACCACGACGACGUCUUCGAUGAGCAUGAAUAACAUGAAAGACUACCCAGCGUUCGAAACGUCUCUUCCAUUUAGCAUGUCUGAUCACACCUCGAACAUGAACACUCCGUUGAUCCCAACACCACAGGCCCCGCCCAGAAAUCAUACGCUGACUACUCGUCAGAGUUCAAUGCCAGCAACGGAUACACUUAUCCAAAUCAACGACUACCCAGAGAACGACAUUUCGGCAAAACUCUCAAAAGUCAAUCUGACUCCAUGCGUCGUGUCUGAUGACGAGGAUAGUGAUCGAAGAAGCUAUCGAGAGAGUCCGUGGCAUAAUGAUAUUGUCGCGGAUAAGAUCAAAACUGAUAUUCUUCCAGAUUACAAUUAUAUCAAGAACAAUUUGCAAAAAUUCGUCGACGAGCCAGCUCAAGAGCACUGUCUCUACCGAUGCUCAAUCACUCGUCACAAAAGUGGUGUCGACAAGACCAUGUAUCCAACCUACUAUCUUCAUUUGGAAGAGAUGGAUACUGACAAAAAAGCCAAAAUCUUCUUGCUCGCUGCUCGAAAGAGAAAGAAAAGUACGACGGCGAACUAUUUGUUGAGCACGGACCCAACGAAUUUGUCGAGAGAAGGAGAUGGAUAUUGUGCAAAGGUUCGAUCGAAUGCGCUGGGUACUCAUUUCACAAUUUAUGAUAAUGGACACAACCCUAAAAAGACUGAUAAUCAAUUCUCGAUUCGUCAGGAGCUCGCUGCGGUUAUCUAUGAAACCAACGUUCUCGGCUUCAAAGGACCACGUAAAAUGACAGUAAUCAUGCCGGGAAUCGAACCUGGAAACGAUUCGAAGCCAGCGGUUCGGUGCAUUCAUCGGCCGGUUCUUGAGAAGCAUACACUACUGGAGAAAAAUCGAAGCGGUGAUACCAACUCGUUGAAAGUCCUGACUAAUAAGAGUCCACAGUGGAAUGAUGAAACCCAAUCCUACGUGCUCAACUUCCACGGACGAGUCACCCAGGCAUCGGUGAAGAACUUCCAAAUCAUCCAUCCAAAUUCUCCAGAAUACAUCGUCAUGCAAUUUGGAAGAGUCUCUGAAGACGAGUUCACCAUGGAUUUCAGAUAUCCAUUGUCUGCGGUUCAAGCAUUCGGAAUCGCCAUGACCAGUUUCCAUGGAAAACUGGCUUGUGAAUGA